AUGUCCAGAAGAUACGAUUCUAGAACGACCAUUUUCUCUCCAGAGGGGAGACUCUAUCAAGUCGAAUACGCCCUUGAGGCCAUCAACCAUGCGGGAACAGCAGUCGCCAUCAAAUGCAAUGAAGGGAUUGUCUUGAUUGCAGAGAAAAAAGUGACUUCGAAAUUGUUGGAGCAAGAUUCUGCCAGUGAAAAAAUCUACCUUUUGAACAACCAAACCCUCUGUGGUGUUGCGGGAAUGACAGCCGAUGCCGGAAUCUUGAUUCAGUACAUCAGAGAGGCGUCGCAGGAGUACUUGAAGAUCUACAACAAAGAACCGAAUUUGGAACAUAUUGUCAAAAAAAUAUGUAACUUGAAGCAGGGCUAUACCCAGUUUGGUGGAUUGAGACCGUUUGGUGUGUCCUUCAUCUUUGCUGGGCACGAUGACCGCCAUGGGUUCCAAUUGUACACCUCCAACCCUAGUGGUAACUAUUCCGGAUGGAAGGCGACGUCCAUUGGCUCCAACAACGCCAGUGCUCAAACCAUUCUCAAGCAGGAAUACAAUGACGAUUUGGAUCUUGAAGGUGCAAAGAAAUUGGCAAUCAAGGUCAUGGCUAAGACAACAGACUCUACAAAGCUAACCAGCGAAAAGAUCGAAUUUGCUACAGUGUCUAUGGACCCAAAGACAAACACUCCUCUUCUGAACAUCUGGCACGCUGAAGAUGUCCAACGUCUACUCGAUGAGACCGACACUGGCGUCAAGGAGGACGAGGAAUAG